CUCUUAUCAAACACUGAUGACUGUGAUCCUUACCCGUGUGUAAAUAAUGGAACAUGCAUAGAUGGUGUGAACAACUAUUCUUGUGCAUGCUCUCCUGGCUUUGAAGGGAGGAACUGCAGCAUCAGUAAGUUUUCCUUUCGUGUUGACCUAUUUCUCAUCGGUCAAUGGUAACGGUUUUGAGAUGUUAUUGGGCAUGAUAUGUUUCUUCGCCAGACCAGUAAAAGUUGUCUUUAUCGCAUGAAGUCUGGAUUUUUCGCUUUCUUCCAGACAAAGAUGACUGUGAUCCUUACCCGUGUGUAAACAAUGCAACAUGCAUAGAUGGUGUGAACAACUAUUCUUGUGCAUGCUCUCCUGGUUUUGAAGGGGGGAACUGCAGCAUCAGUAAGUUUUUUUUUUAAGAGAGAAGGUUUAGAACGGUUUUUUUUUUCACGUUAUUUUAAUAAAUCAUCGGUUUUGUAGGUUUCAUGAUUGUUUGGCAAGCUGAAAUUUUUUCCUUCUUGAAUAGAAGAUUAAUCUAUAGAUUUAGCCAGGGCAAAAAGCGAAGCUCUCCAUAAUAUUUAUAGUUUUCUCCAGGAAAAUAUGAAAUCGUGUAACGCUAUAAGCGGCGAAGGCAACGAGAAUAAUGAAAAAAACAACAAUAGGUCUAAUUAGCAAAAAAGCACUUUGCUCGUGCAGCACACUUUUUUUUGUACAUUUCUUUGCCGUUGUUUUGCACGACUGCAACGUAAACAUUCCAGAAACUUCCUAGCUACAAGUUUUAUGAAGGAAAUGUCGUACCUUUUGUUCACUUGUUUUACUGCCGCUCACCUUGGUGGCCGCUAGCAUUUUCAUUUUCUCACCGUCGCUAAAAAAUUUUCAUGUUGUUCUUCCAAAAAUUUGUGGGCAUGACAAAUAAUCUAAGCUUAACACUUUAGACAACACGCAUACAGAAACAACGCCUGCUUUCCGUUUUUGUCUUCAUUGACUCUUUAAAUGGUUGUCUCUGCUUCCGAGACUCUGUUGACUAUGCGAUUUCCCGCCGAAAUAACCUCUAGUUGCAUUUAGAUUGCCAUACCUGUUGAUUAAGUUAUUUUACAUUGGUAUGCCUGUGGGGAGAACGGACGGACGGUCGGUCGGUCGGUGGUUUUUUUAUUUUCUUAGGUAUGGGGCUAAGCUCGCGCGCACGUGGAGCACCGCUGUUAAUAAAUACUUUCUUACCCAUGUUAAAGAUUCCAGUAGGCUUGAAGUAUGAAAGUUCAUAAUGCCCAAUAGUGAAAAAAAUGUGUUUUCGAACAUUUUUUUUUCCUUUAAACAUGAGUUUGUAAGACCACAAUUAAUCAUAUGAACUGUAUACAACUUUUCUUCUCAUCAGAUAUUGACGACUGUUAUCCUAGCCCUUGUGAAAACAAUGGAACAUGUAUUGACGGUGUGAACAGUUACAUUUGCACUUGCCCACCUGGAUUUGAAGGAAAGAACUGCUCCAUAGGUAGGUUCUUAAACAGUUGUUAUUUAACACCAGUUUCAGAUCACGAAAGCCAACAACAACAUUUUCAAGUUGCAGUAGUCGUAUAUUUAAGGUCUAUCCAAGUCUGUCUCCUUCUCUGUCCGUUAAUCGACUACUUAAAGUUGUAUUUUUUUCUGUUCAGUUUUUUUUAUUCCUUGGUUCAUUUCAGACACCGAUGAUUGUUAUGCUUACCUGUGUUUAAACAAUGGAACAUGCAUAGAUCAUGUGAAUAACUACACUUGCGCAUGCCUUCCUGGCUUUGAAGGGAGAAACUGCAGCAUCAGUAAGCUUUUUUAUUAUAAUAUUUAAAAAAAGGGUGUUUUUAACUUAAAAUUAAUAUGAGUUUGGACGAUUUCAAGUUGUUAUAGUAGAGAACAGUUUUCUUCGUAGGUCUAGUGAUAGGUUCUUCCUAAAGUCCUUCUCCCUUUUUUAUCAUUUUAAAUAUAACAUGUACUCCAGUAAACGAUAAAGUUCCGUCGAAAGGAACUCUUAUAGUUUUAUUCUGUAUUAUUAGGUUAUUUUUUAUAUAAAUAUUUACUAAAAAAAUACGUGUAUUAAAAGAAGCGCUUAUUGAAUCGCGUAAUUUGUGUGCAUUUUGGUAUUUCAUCAGAUACUGACGAUUGUUAUCCCAAGCCGUGUGAAAAUAAUGGAACAUGUAUCGAUGGAGUGAACAACUACAUUUGCACUUGCGUACCUGGAUUUGAAGGAAAGAACUGCAGCAUCAGUAAGCAUUUAAAGAACUUUGUUAAACAUAUGUUUUAUUUAUCAGUCAGAAGAAAUGUUUUCUAGGUGCUGGGGUGCACAAUAACGUCCGUCGGACCAAUAAAAAUGCUUUUCGUUGCCGUAUCAAGUUUUUUCUUCUAUUUCUUAGACAUUGACGACUGUGAUCCUUACCCGUGUGUAAACAAUGGAACAUGCAUAGAUGGUGUAGAUAAUUAUACUUGCGCAUGUGUCCCUGGCUUUCAAGGGAGGAACUGUGCUAUAAGUAAGUAUUUUUCAUGAAGGUAUUUAAAAAGUGGGUGUUUUAACUUAUCUUUAAAUUUUUAGUUUGGACGAUUUCAUUUUAUUGCAAAAAAAGAAAAAAAAACAGUUCCCAUUGUAUUUUCGUUGACAGGUCUACACUUUCUUCUCCCUUUUUACCACUUUAAAUAGAAAAUUUACCCAAAGCAAAGGAAUUUUUGUGGUUUUGUUUUCUUUUAUUUAUUAUUUUUUGUUUAUUUAAGUAUUUACAUUGGAUAUAGGGUGCAAUCGCGUAAUUUGUGUGCAUCUUGUAUUUCAUCAGAUAUUGAUGACUGUUAUCCCAACCCGUGUGAAAACAAUGGAACAUGUAUUGACGGAGUGAACAAGUAUACUUGCGCUUGCGUGCCUGGAUUUGAAGGAAAGAACUGCACCAUCAGUAAGCGCUUAAACAAGUCUUUCAAACAAACCUUGAAUUCAUCAGUCAUCAGUUAUAUUUUCUAGGUGCUGUGGUGCGCAAUGACUUCCACUGGACCAGUUAAAACUGUUUUCCCCCUUUUUUCAGACACAGAUGACUGUGAUCCUUACCCGUGUGUAAACAAUGCAACAUGUAUAGAUGGUGUAAACAACUAUACUUGCGCAUGCCACCCUGGCUUUGAAGGGAGGAACUGCAACAUCAGUAAGUUACCUAUUAAGGAAUUUUGUUUUUGGCUUUUACUGCGCACACACAUACGUACAGAAAAUUGAAAAUCGACUACCUCUUCUAUGGCUGAAUUCGUAUACGAAUAAGAAAAAUAUCAACAAUGACGUCACGAUGAAUCCGCCUAUACUGUGCAGGUUAUACAUACGUGUCAUACCGGCAAAUUAUUGGUUUAACUGGUAAGUUCCUUUCUUUGACUGUGUCUUCUGUUGUGAAAUGACGUCAAAAUGCAUUUUGCUUGUUUCAUUUUAUCUCGUUAUUUUAAUAAUUCCAGACGUUUGAAAAAUAAAAUCAAGUUGAGAACGCUUUCAGAUAAUCGCGAAACCUUUUUUUUUUAUUCUGUACUUGCCUUUCGAAAUCGCGAAAAUAAAAGCCCGCGAAAUGCCGUCUCACAAAAAUCGCGAAAUUAAGUACCAAGGCAUUUUAUCAGAUAUUCACGGAUAUACCAGCUAAUGUGAAAACAAUGGGACAUGUAACGAUGGAGUGAACUACCACACUUGCUCUUGAGUACCUGGCCUUGAAGGGAAAACUGCACCAUCAGUAAGCUCUUUAACAACUAAUUAAUAGUUUUAUUUAUAUAUUUAUUCAUUUUAAUUUAUCAGUCAGCGGGACAGUAGAUAUUGUUAUCACUGCGUCACUCCUGUUUCUUCCUUUUUUAGACACUGAUGAUUGUGAUCCUCACCCGUGUGCAAACAAUGGAACAUGCACAGAUAUGGUGAAUAACUAUACUUGCGCAUGCCAGCCUGGCUUUGAAGGGAGGAACUGUACUAUCAGUAAGUUUAUUUGUUAUUCGAGAAUAUUUUAGUACGAGUAUUUUAUGUUGAUGCUGUAUUGGUCCUGGAGAGUGAACAAAAGCGUGACCAAGCUAAAAGCUUUCUUCAAGAUUUUUGUUGGAGCAAAUCUAUUGGUUAUUUCUACCCUGAAAACUUUUGUCCAGGACAAAUGCAAGCCGUAUGGCUUGGACUCCCCUCCUUUGCAGAGUCUUCCUUUCCCUCCACGAGAGUCUGUACAGGUGGAUGUCCGGGCGGUGUGCGCUGGCGUCAGGCUAAAUUUCAUUGUAUUUUAAAAAAAUUGUCUGAUAGGUUUCCAAUUUCCAUGAUAAUUGAGGUUCGUUUCAUAGUUCCAUUGACUGAUUCUCCCAUUCUUCAUAAAAUUUUACUCUUGAAAACAUUAUAAUGAGAUACAUACUUCUCAUUUUUUAAUCAUAUAAAAGCUUCCGUAAAGAUUUUGUGCCUAAUGAAUUCCUUGUUCAAGUAAAGCGGUUUUUAUCAAUUUAUUAUUGUUUUAUUUUUUGACAAAUAAAUUUAUGAGAAAGUGAAGUUAUUUCAACCGGAUAAAGGGGUUUUUUUUCUUGGUACUUUAUCAGAUAUUGAUGACUGUCAUCUCAGCCCGUGUGAAAACAAUGGAAUAUGUAUUGACGGAGUGAACAACUACACUUGUGUCUGCGUAACUGGCUUUGAAGGGAAAAACUGCAACAUCAGUGAGUUUUAAAACUACCUUAAUCAACAUGAUUAUUUAUAAUUCAUCAGUCAAUGGAAACGUUUUCAAGGUGCUAUUAUGAACAAUAAGUUUGUCCGCAAGGCCAUUAAAAAUUGUCGAGUUAAGUCUAUUUUGGUUGCUUUUUGUCAGACACUGAUGACUGUGAUCCUUACCCGUGUCUAAACUAUGGAACAUGCAUCGAUGGUGUGAAUAACUAUACUUGCGCAUGUCAUUCUGGCUUUGAAGGGAGGAAUUGCAACAUCAGUAAGUUCUUUACUUCUUCUUCUUUUUCUUUUCCUUUUUCAGGAGGAAUUUUAAAAAUGUGUACGCUGUGAUACCCAAAUAGAUUUUCCACCCUUCAUAUAAUAUUAUUUCACUUUCUUAUUUAAAAAAAGGGCAAUUUCUCCAUGUAAACGUUUCAAUGGACAUAUUUUUCUUUUUUUGAAAAAAUACGAACAUAAAAAAGUAAAUUAUUCAUUAGCCGAUGGAAUCACUUUUUAAACUGAUUGUUAAUAUUGUGCCUCUUGGCUUCCUUUCAGAUAUUAAUGAAUGCUAUCCCAGCCCGUGUAAAAACAAUGGAACAUGUGUUGACGGAGUGAACAACUACACUUGCGCUUGCGUACCUGGAUUUGAAGGAAAGAACUGCGCCAUCAGUAAGUUCUUUAUAGCUUUAAUACACAUAGCUUCAACUCAUUAGCCAACCGAAUCGCUUUGAACAGGUUAAAGCUGAAAUGGAGGACAUUUACGUCCGCUGGACCAGUAAAAAUUAUGUUUAUUAUGUUAAGUCUAUUUUUCAGACACUGAUGACUGUGAUCCUUACCCGUGUGUAAACAAUGCAACAUGCAUAGAUGGUGUAAAUAACUAUACUUGCGCAUGCUCUCCUGGCUUUGAAGGGAGGAACUGCACCAUCAGUGAGUUC